AUGGCGAAGAAUCGGGCUGUCUUGUCCUGCAACAGCUUGUUGCGAGCCUUUGUCAAGAAGGCCCAGUGGCAACGCGCCCUCAAUCUCAUUCACCACAUGCAGAGGGAUCAGACCACACCUGAUAUGGUCAGCUUCAACUCCACGCUGAGCGCGUGUGAGAAGGGCAACCGGUGGGAAUACGGCUUGCACUUCUUCUCGCAGCUUCAGACUGCAGGCAACAAGAGCGGCUUGAGCUCUACCAGCUCUGAUUGGGCGGACUUGUCGAUGGACCACUUUACCUUCAGCAUCCUCAUGAAGCUGUGCUCGCACGGGAAGCUUUGGAGAGAAGCCCUUGAGAUUUUGAAAGCGAGCGAUGUCCACAUUGACCUGGUGGGGUGGAAUGCACUGAUGGCCGUGUGCGAGAAGUCCUUCGCUUGGCCUUCGUGCUUGCACUUGCUGGCCACCACUUCCAGCUUCGCCCUUCAAGCCGACCUGGUCUCCUUGAACACCACCUUGAGCGCAUGCGCUCGCACUCGGGGCUGGCAGUUGAGCUUGCACUUGCUGUCGGAGAGCCUUCUGACGAACCUGCAACCAGACAUCAUCUCAUACAACUCAGUCAUCACAGCUUGCAGUGGCCACCACUGGCCGCUGGCCCUCCACUUGUUGUUCUUUUCACGUCAAGCGCGGCUGGUGCCCAGCAUCAUCAGCUUCAACGCAGCCAUUGCGGCAUGUGACAAAGGGCAUCAGUGGCAGAAGGCCUUGCAGCUCUUUCAAGACCUCCAAGAAGAGCACGUGUCCCCCACUCGAGUGACCUACAACAGCCUCUUGAGUGCCUGUGAGGUGGGGCUCCCCUGGUCCAGUCUGCUGCAUCUCCUCAGCCUCUCCCAACAUCUUCCGGAGCACCGGGGUGAAGCUGAUGCUUGGGCCGCAGUGGCGUCCGCCUGUGCCAAAACCCUGGCGUGGGCUGUAGCCCUGGACGCCCUUGAGGUCAUCCGAAUGACCAUGCCAGAGGCUGCAUGGCACGCGACGCUUCGAGCUUGCGCACUGGCCUUGAAGUGGCGCAGUGCUCUGGUUUUGCUACAUCAGGGCCAAUGCCAACAGCUCCAAAUGCCAAGGAGCUCCGAUGUUUCGUCACUGCUGGUCGCGGCCAGAGGGGAGCGCUGGUCGACCGCAGAAGGAGGGCGCCUUUUUCACGCCUGGCAGCUGGAGGAGGUACGUCGUGCGGCCGUCCAGGCCGACGAGAGUGUUGAGGAGACGAAUCCAAAUGCCCAGCUGGCACGGGCGGCACUGAAUUCCUUGCACGUGGUGCGAACGAAAAGCGUGCUGACCUGCGGGAUGAUUUGGGAUCGGCAUACGCGGAGGGAAGUCCUGUUGGUGGUGGAGUGGUGGAAGCAAUUCAAUCAGAACGACUUGGGCAAUCUUUGGCAUGUUUGUGAGGCCCAUGCGGCGCUUCCAGAACGGGGCUGCGCUGGCACUGCCUCUGACAUGCUGUUUGGAACACCCAAUUUCAUCCGCUCUUUUGGACACGUUGUCAGCGGAACUGACCCGGCUGUGAGGUGGAGUCGGAGCCUUUUGAGGGGAGCGACACGGAAUUUUCGCUUCCGCUGUUUGGGUGUGAUGAUCAAGAUGCCGCUGGAUAGGCACCUGCAGAGGAUGGAGGCGAAGCGCUCUGAACGGGCUUCCGACCCCGCCAUGGAUCCCGACGCAGAUCCCGCCACAGACCACGCGGAGGCGGAGCCGCGGCCAUCCGGCUUGGCAGAGCUGCAGCAGCUGGUCGUGGAGGUCCUCGCGCAGCUUUCGGUGCGCGACGCCUUUCUGGCGCUGCCGGCGGUCAGUCGCUCCGUGCGGUGCCUCUACAGCGACGUGGUGAAGGAGCACAUCCGUCAAGGGAUUCUUUGGCCAAUGAGCUUCCCACCAGAUCCCACUGGACCUGGCCACUUCAGUGCGCUGGAAGUGCUUUUCCUUUGGUCUGUGAGCGGAACUUGGAGGGGCGCCCCCCACGUCCUGCCGCACCGCUCCCUCACCGCCGCGUGUCGCGCGGCCGCGACCCGCGGCGCGCCCGGCGGAGAGACGGCCGGAGGGACGCCCACGUCCGCGCCGGUGAAGUGGGCGCUGCAGCAGAGCGGAUGGAACCAAGAAGGCGCCAAGAUCUUGCGGAACAUCUUCCAGUGGAAGGCGAACCCUGAUGAGCUGGAUGUGAAUCGCUGGACGCCGCUGAUUUGGGCCGCCCAUCGGGGCUCCGUCUCCGUGUGCCGAGAGCUUUUGCAUGCCCGGGCGAAUCCUGACCACAUCGGCGCAGAGGGUUCCUCCGCCUUGAGUGUGGCCUGUCGAUCGGCGCACCGCUGGACGGUGCAGCUGUUGCUCAUGGAGGGCGCCUCGCCCUUCCUCGUUCCCAUCGGCAACGGCAACUUCGACCACCAUGUGGGCGAAGAAAUCCUGGAGAUGGUGCGCCAAUACCGCCACAUGAGUCCGAAGAAAGAUGCUUUUGUCAUGUGCAGCCGCUCUUGA